AGCGCCGUCCCCGCGCCCCAGGCCGGCCGCGGUGUGUGGCAGCAGCAUGGCGCACGUGUGCCCGCGGGUGGAUUACCUGGCCGGCUUCUGCUGCCCGGUCGGGGGGCUGGUGGCGGGCAAGCCCCGCGUGCUGUGCCACGAGAGCGAGAUCUUCCUCUCCAACGGCACCGAGUUCGUCUACGUCUACGACCAGGAGGGGAAGGUGCUCAAGGCGGUGUACAGGUGCCCCGACCAGGUGUGGCACGUGGAGCUGCUGCCCCAGCCCAGGCAGCUCUACAUCCUCUGCGCCCACAGCGGGAUCUACUGCGUGGCCCUGGAGCAGCAGAGCAGGUUAACGGAGCAGACGGACGGCGACGGCCAGGAAAGCAGCUUGCCCUCCGGCGUCUUCCCCGUGGACUCGGACGCCUGCAUCUUCCCGGACUCCAGCCUCUGCAUGUUCACGCUGCUCAACGCCUUCGUCGUCACCCUGUCGCAGGCCCACGACAAGUGGUGGAUGAAGCUGCACGAGCUGCCGCGCCCCGAGCAGGAGAGCCCCCCGUACCGGCAGGUCAGCGAGGUGGGCUUCUGCCCCGGCCCCCCGCCCGCGGCCCCGGGGGACGGCCCGCCGUCGCGCUUCCUGCCCGUCCUCUGCUGCGCCUCCUCCCCGGGCACGGCGGGCUCCGGAGAGGGGCCGUGGUGCUCGGGGGGCUUUGUGCUGGAAGAGCCCCUCUUCAGCUUGCUCUUCGGGAUCGACGCCGCCAUGCUGGAGUCGCCGAUGAUCCUCUGCGGCUUCCCAGACGGACAGCUCUGCGCCGUGCCGCUCAAAGCCCUCAGCUCCUCGCCGCCUGCCGACGGCUGCCACGACGUCUCGAGCCGAGAACCCCCCGUGAAGAUCCUCCACCAUUUGGAGGAGCCCAUCGUCUUCAUCGGCGCCUUGAGAACCGAGCGGAGGGCGGCGGCGGAUGAGGACGAGGAAGAGGAGGAGGAAGCCCAGGACGAGCCGCUCUUCGGUGCCGCCGGCUGUGACUGCGUGGUGGCCGUGGGCCACUACGGCAAGAUGGUGGCCGUCAAGGCGGACCAGCGCCAGGAGGCGACGGUGCCGGAGCUCAGGGAGUACUCCUUGCGCGGGCCCAUCCUCUGCGCCGCCUGCGGCAGCGGCAGCCGCAUGUACUACAGCACGCACUCGGACAUCUCCGCCGUCGACCUGGACUGGGUCAGCGAAUCCUCCGACCCCGAGGACGCCGAGAGCCCCGCCGGCGUCCUGCCUCCUGUCCUGUCUCCGGCCAGUUUAAGUAUCUGUAGCGUCGUGGCUCUUUCCUUGUCAUCUCGGGCGUCAGAAGGGGAAUCGGAGCUGCUGGCCCUGUCUGCCAAAGGCCGCCUCAUGACCUGCGACUUGUGCAGCCCCGAGGACGACGACGUGGAGCUGACGCCCGCCGAAAUCGGCCGGAGGAUCAAGGAGCUGCUGUCCGGGAUAGGCAACACCUCGGAGAGAGUUUCCUUCCUGAAGAAGGCGGUGGACCAGAAGAACCGAGCUCUGGCCAGCCUGAACCAGGUGAUGAACGUGAGCGCGGCUUUGCUGUCCAGCCAAGAAGGCCAGAAGCCCAUUGCUUGCACUGUCACUGCCAACUGGAGCUGCCUCCUGCUCCGAGAUACCGUAACCAUCUCCUGCCUGCUGGAGAACUGCAGCGAGUACAGCCUGGAGCAGGGCUGGACCCUGUGCGUUCAGCUCCUGGCCAGCCCCUGUGCCUUAGAGGAGGAGUCCGUGGAUUCAGCCACCACCUUCACCUUCCCCAUCGACCAGCUCCUCCCGGGGAACAAGAGGGAGCUGACGCUGCCCCUCGGCUCUGCCGCGGAUGCCAAGCUGGACCUGCCUCUGACCAUCUCCUGUGCCCUCUACUACAGUUUGCGGGACAUCCUGGGCAGCGGCUCCGACUCCUCCGAGGCCCUGGACGACCUCCUCCCCGACGACUCGCCCAUCCUGUCCCCGGACAGAGAGGGGAUCUGCCUGCCCCUCAGCGAGUGCACCAUUGACGUGCUCCAGUGCCUGCGUUUUGAGAGCAGCCCCCCCGGGCCAGACGCCUCCCCGCCGGCGGCUGCGCUCCCCGCGCCCCCAGACCCCGUGGAGACCUUCCUGAAAGCCUCCGGGGAGCAGACUGAGCCCGAGGGGCCGAAAGCAGUGGGAGAGGGGAGCCUGCCGCCCUCGGCGGCCUCCAUCAGGGUGUCCUCGGAGCUGCUGAAAGCCGCGCUGAAAACCUCCAGCUCAGAUGUCCCCCUGAGCUGUGCCACGCUGCGCUGGCUGCUGGCUGAGAACGCCGGGGCCGAGGCGCUGAGCAGCGGGGAGGUGGCGUCGGUGCGCGGCGCGGCUCCGGACGGAGGCGAGGUGCAGCUGCUUGUGCGAGAGGUGGCCAUGAAUGACCUGAGCCCGGCGGGCCCCAUCCAGGCGGUGGAGAUCUUCAUGGAGAGCCCGUCGCUGGCCGACACGUGCAGGAUGCACCACGCCGUCAUCCGGCGCAUCCAGGCGCUGGUGCUGGAGCAGGCGGCGCAGGGCUCGGGACCCCCUGACCUCCGCAUGCAGUACCUGCGCCAGAUCCAGGCCAACCACGAGAUGCUGCUGAAGGAGGCGCAGUCGCUGCGCGACCGGCUGCCCCUCGGCGAGGAGGGCGCGGUGACGGCGGAGAAGCUCCUGGACGUCUACAGGCAGCUGCGCAACCCCAGCCUCAUCCUCCUGUGAGCAGCGGGGCACCCAGCGAGCCCCGGACCCCCGGGGACAGGAGGGGACCCCCGAAAUGGGGGGCAGCAGCCCCUGGUGGGGGCCAGCCAGCCAGGGCGCGCCGCGGCGGUGCGCGGGCGGUUUGUGUGUGUGCGUGUUUCGUGGUCGUGUUGUGGGCAGCGCCGAGGGGCUGCGGUGCGGAUCCCCGGGGGGGCCGCCCGGCGGCAGAGCGGGGGCUUCUGGGCUGGCCCGGCCCGUCCUUGCCGCCCCCCCCUCCCCCGGCAGCCCCGGGGCCGUGCUGUCUCUCGUGGGGUCGUUCUAGCCGUGGUAGUUUUAGCGCUCUCCCGGCGGCCGCGGUGCCGUGCCGGCUGUGGGCUGUGCCCCCGUGCCGCCUCGCCUUUCAGGAGCGAGGACAAACAGGGUGCUGUGCCAGGGCGCCCGCCCCCGGGGGAGCCCCCGUUUUCUGCUGGGCAGGGGAGGGGGGGGCUUUUCCGCUCCCCCGUUGUUUCUAUAAAUGAUCUCGUCUCUCUGUGGUGGUGCAGCGUGUUUUGGCCCAGGCCUUCCCCGCACUGCUCCGGUGUCUGUAACUCUGUCGUCUGCCAUGAAAACGAUCGUGCCGCUCA